ACAGCUCAGUGUCGCCUCUGCCUCUGCUGCGAAAACACACACGCUGACGGACUACUCUUAAAGAAAUCUGGAAAACAGUUGUCUUUCUUUUUCUACAAAGGUAAACUCUCAGACUGAAGGAUUACUCUUCAAGAGGUGGCAACCACUGUGCUUUUUUAAAGAUAUUUCUUUCUGCUCCUGCAAAGUUAGAAACGUUCCUCAGAACCCCCACAGUGACCAGAGCACAAAUGGACCUUAGCGGCUUCAUGUAUCUCCUGGUCAUGUGCGCUCUCAAUAAGCUGCUUGUGGAGGCAAGCCUUAAAGAUGAUGACCAGCAGCAUCUGAACCAUUGGGGACAACAACAGUCGACGCGGAACCAAAUCGCCACGGCCCAGUACGAAUGUUUCCAGAAGAUUUUGAAAAAAUCGCACCGCAAAACAAAAACAAUAGGGCCCGUGUGCAACGCCACAUGGGAUGGGUGGCUGUGCUGGGACGAAACUGAAGCCGGGCCGACAGAGCAGAGCUGUCCUGACUACUUUAAAAAUUUUGAUCCUCAUGCGAUGGCGUCCAAAGUGUGCUCAGAGAGAGGCGAGUGGGGACGCCACCCCGAGAGCAACAGGACAUGGACAAACUUCACGAACUGCCAAGCCAACACAACACAUCAUGGGACACAGGCGGCAAUGACUCACUUCUACUUGGUCAUGAUUGGUCACGGCCUGUCGCUGGUCUCAUUGCUCAUAUCAUUGGGAAUAUUCUUCCAUUUUAAGAGUCUGAGCUGCCAGAGGAUAACGCUCCACAAAAACCUCUUCUUCUCAUUUGUGCUUAACUCCAUCAUCACCGUUGUCUGGCUUACAACAGUGGUAAUGAAACAGGGACACGCGUAUAACGAUUCUGCAAGCUGCAAGCUGCUCAUGUUUAUCCACCUGUAUCUGCUGAGCUGUAACUACUUCUGGAUGCUCUGCGAGGGCAUCUACCUGCACACUCUGAUCGUUGUGGCAGUGUUUGCAGAAAAACAACAUCUCAUGUGGUAUUACCUGCUCGGCUGGGGUUUUCCACUUGUGCCCACGGUGAUACAUUCAAUAGCACGCCACUGCUACUACAAUGACAAAUGUUGGGUCAGCUCCGAUACUUCCUUGCUGUACAUUAUCCACGGCCCCAUCUGCGCCGCUUUGGUGGUGAAUCUGUUCUUUCUGCUUAACAUCGUUCGGGUUCUGAUCACCAAGCUGAGAGUGACGCACCAGGCCGAGUCCAGCCUCUACAUGAGGGCGGUGAGAGCCACCCUCAUCCUCAUCCCUCUACUCGGCAUCCAGUUUGUCCUGCUGCCCUACAAGCCCCAGGAUCACUGGGUCUCUGAGAUCUACCUGUACGUCAUGGAAAUCCUCAUGCACUACCAGGGUCUCUUGGUUUCUACAAUAUUCUGCUUCUUCAACGGGGAGGUCCAGACUGUUCUGCGGAGAAACUGGAACCAGCAGCGGAUGCAGUUCGCUGGCACGUUUGCCAACGCCGACUUCUUCCGCUCGGCCUCCUACGUGGCGUCGUCGCUCACAGAGGUCCACCGCUGCUACAGCAUCGAAAGCCACACUGAGCACAUGAACGGCAAGAGCUACUCAGACAUCUUCAGAUCGGACAGCCCUUUCGUGUGAAGCUCGCACUAUAGAUUCUUUGACUUCUCCCAAGAUUGAUGUCUUCUUGGAGUUUUACUACUGUUCAUGGCAACUGAGUACAAACUUUGUUCUUCUUUGACAUUUUUUCUCCAUCUCCUAGCUGCAAAAAACUCACAUAUUUUACUUUUUCUUUAAACUAUUUUCACAUGAUUAUUACCAGAACAGAAUGAACUUGAGGCCAAAGAAACGGUUUCUUUGUCAUUAUUUACAUCCCUUGAGGGGCUGUUGCCGGACAGAAGGAAGCAUUAACACAAGGAAUUAUUAAUGCUUUUUUUGUUUUGCCUCACGUGGAAUAAGCUUGAAGAGACCUCGGUGAACAAGAAGCUGUUCUGUUGAGCUCACUGAUACAAUCUUGCAAAGAGAGAGUUUUUUUCUGGGCAUUUUGAGGAUAUUAAUGCAAUUUAGAAAUGGGUAGUUAUGCCAUGUAGUUGCUGGGAGUUAGCCUAAUGGCAAGCUCAAAUAGCAAAGAAGGAAAUGGAAAGGCAAACUGUAUGCCUUUAACAAAGCGAAAUAACAAAGUAUCAUGAUGUCUGUGGUGAAAAAAAGUACACAAAAAAGAAGAAACAAUCAGCUAGCUUGCUUUGCUAAAAGUCAUCCCUGCUUCAACUUUGGAAUUGAACUCAGAAUAUAGGGUGAGGAGAGUUUACUAUUUAUGUAUUAUUUCCUUUAGUUAAGUUCAAAACAAACAAUGAGGUCACAAAAAGCCUACGUCGUCUUAUCAUGUCAUAUUAAUGCUCCGUUAGGCUCACUUUUAUUCAUGCUUUAUAUCUGAUAAUUCCAAAAUGCUGGAGAUAUUGUGAGAGUCCAAAAGGAAAAUAUGACUGCAUGAGUGCAUGUGUUUGUACAUAUACAUGUGUGUAUGAAUAUGAUAAAUAUCAAGGCACAAAAUAUGAAGUGUACUUUGUAUAUUUUUUCAGAUAGAAACACGCCAGUGUGUAUUACUUAUGUUACAUUUUUUAAGUCCAGAAAACUGCAGCUGGUUAAUUAGUAGUAGUUGUUAAAUGUUUUGGAUGAAUUCCCUAAAGAUUUGAGUGUCCAGGAAACAAGUUCAGCAGGAACUGACUCUUGUUGAUUUGCUGAUAAGAUGAAGUUAGUCCGUCUCCUCCAGCCUGAGGUAGUGGGGAACUUUCCUGACGAGUGAUGAGCUGCUGGUUUCAGCCCUGCAAAAACAGGAAAUACACUUAUUCCCUUCUUUGCUGAGGGUCAUGUGAGAAGAUCGAUACCAUUCUCGCAUGUUCAAUAUGAAGCCAGGAGAUGGUUAGCUUAGCUUAGCAUAAAGACAGGGAGGAAAAAAAAAACAGCUAGCCUGGCAAGAUGGAUAACGCUCGGCGAAAAUGUGGAACUAUUCCUUUAAACGUGCAACACUGAAGCCUUAAAUCAAAGUGGCUAAAAUGCUUCAAACUGUCUUCCUCUGUAUAACAGAAUAUUUAUGUUUAUGUGUACUAUAACAUUUAUGACAUGAUUUCUACAGUGAUUUCUGAGCUGAUUUUUAGAGAUAGAAGAAAAACUCUAAUGAUGUCACAUGUAUUGUAUUUUACUAUAUAAGAAACCCUAAAUACAGUAUCUGGAUGUACUUAAUAGUGGGCACACAGUCAGAUAUUUAUAAUAUGUAAUGUUACACUGGACACAGUUAAAAAGCCUGUAUGUUGUCUUGGCUCUAAUGUAUGAUUGAUGGCAUUCAGUUCUUAAAGCAAUAGUUUCACUUUUCGGAAAAUGUGCUUUCUUGCUGAGCGUCAGAUGAGAACAUUGAUACCACACUCGUGUAUGUUAGGAACUCACUGCCAGCAGCUGGUUAGCUUAGCUUAGCAUAAAGCCAGGCUAGCUGUUUCCCUCCAUUCUCCGGUCUUCAUGUUAUGCUAAGCUAACCAGCUGUUGACAGUAGCUAUAUGUGCCCUACAGACAUUCUUCUUAUCUAACAUCCAAAAUAUUUGUAAUGUAACUAUUGCUUUAAAGAAAAAAAAAAGUCUAACUUGGGUUUGUAGAUAUCUGUAUUAUUUUGCAACACACAGAGUAUCAAUAAUAAUAGUAUUGCUAUUAACACAGGCUGCAUUAGAAAAGAAAGAAAAUGUAUAUCUGUACUAAAAUAUCCUAAACUCAAAGUUCAAUUACCAGCUUUCUCUGGAGCUUUCAACUAUAUUCUAAGACCAUGGGAUUGGUCGAAAACCCAGCAAAAAGCUAGUAAGUGAACCUUGAGUUUAGAGAAUUUUAUCACAGAUGUAUCAAGAAUAGAUUUCUUAUAUAUAUAUAUAUAUAUAUAUAUAUGUGUUUUAAUAUGUUGAAGGGGUUAAACAAGAUCAUUUUAGUCACAGUCUGAAUCCCAUUUUCAUUUUUGUAACAUAAUUGUGUCAAUAAAUGCUUGUUUAUA